UGCUGCGUUAAGUUGUGUUUAUUAGUUCGUCGCGCUUGUCUUCAUGUAGGAAGUAACAUAAAUAUAGUAUAAUAAAAAAGUGUGCUUGUGGUUAAAAGUGUUCCUGUGCAUAAUUUUUGUUAGUUGGAGUCACAAAGUUUGUGCUAAGACGCGAAAACCUGGAUCGCCUGGUAUAAUGCAGUGUGUAUCGGCUAGUAACUGAUUACACAUGGCUAUAAAGAAAACUGAAAGUACAAAAGUGAAAAUUAUCUCCGUUCACAAAGCAGAAAGUUAACGUAAAGCAAAAAAAAGAAAAAAAGAAAAAAAAACGGCAGAAAGUAAUAAAAACAAACAGUGAAAAAAGUGCCAAAAUACAUAAAUUAUAUCUUGUUGUUGUGACUUCUAAAUAACGUCCAAAAAUUGCUCCAAAUGUUUACGCCAAUUUUGUUGAACAACAAAUACUCACAUUCUUUUUGCUGCGUAUGCGCGACUGCAUUGCUGACGCUAUUGCUACUCGUCGAUGGCGCAGAGAGUUAUGGCUUUGGCAGGUGUCCGAAAUACCCAUCGAUGCCAAAAUUCAAUAUGAGCAGGGUUCUUGGCCAAUGGUAUGAGGUUGAACGAUCCUUUUAUCUACCUGAAAUCGCUUCUGGCUGCACUCUACUGGAAUUUCAACCAUUGCAUAAGGAGAAGCUAUCAAAAUUCAAUAAUUUCGAGCUCGAGGUGGCAAUUAAAACAAUAAACAGACUCACCGGAAAUCCCUCAGUGAAUCUAGGCUAUGCGACGCCAGAAAACCGAAAGUCUUCAAUUAUGGAUUUCAAGUUCAACACACGUUUUCCGGAUGUAAUUGCUCGCCUACUACCUGGCUCCGGCAAAUAUCAGGUGCUCUACACGGACUAUGAUAAUUUUGCGAUACUCUGGUCGUGCGGAAGUCUUGCAUCUAUCGGCUAUUCCGAUCAAAUAUGGGUAUUCGGACGCGAUCGUGACUUCCCCGUAGAGGUACGAACGAAAAUCUACGAUGCACUCAAGAAGUUGGGGCUCGAUCCGGAGCGAUUAGUGUUGAGUAAAAACAAAAACUGUCCACAAACUUUAUAGCUUUGCCAAGUAAACUCAAAACAAAAACAAAAAGAAAAGAAGAAAUUAUUUAACUAUUAAAUAUAAAUCGAAUUAAUGUAUAGGAAAAAAUUGACGAUUACUACAUAUAUUUUUAUGGUGAAAAAAUAUUUUUUUCAGGUUUUAGAGUAUAUUAUGUACAAUUUGAAAGUUUUUGAAGUCAUGAGCAGUGCGAUGUAGAUGACUGAGAACACAGCGCCUGAAAGUAGAUCAAGCUAAAAAUUUAUUUUUUAGUAAAGCUAAAAUUCUCAGUGGGAUUAUGAAACUUCCUAUAGCUGAAAUAUAGUCGCCAAAAAUUGUAGAAAAUGUAAAUGUAUUUAAAUAAUUGCUGAGUUUAAAAGCCAAUUUUGGAUUUCUUACGCAGACAUAUUUGGAAAUUUUUGGUGAAGUCUUAUCGAUGGGAGGGUUCAGAUCUCACUGCGUACAAAUAGGAAUAGGGGUUUUCAAA